GUCGCUGAUGCUCACUCGCUGUUUUCCGCGUGAGUGCCGGUGCUGCGUCUCCUUGGCUACUGUUCAGCACGCGCCACACCGUGUUCAGGUCCACAUCCGCGCGCCUCAGCUCACAGUCUGUCCGCUGCAAUGGCACCUUAAUCACCUGCUGUGUGUGAGUGUGUGUGUGUGUGUGUGAGUGCUUUGGACUGAGAGUCAACAGUGGACUGGAGAUCUAUUCGCUCUUACCGGGUGGAUGUCAUAGAACAUGAACCUCAUGGAACCUCCAGAGAAACAGACCAAUGGGGUGGCCAGAUCUGACAGCAAGAUCAGCGCCAAAGCCCUGUUCGAACAACGCAAGAAAUACUCCAACUCAAACUUCAUCAUGCAAGAAACUUCUCAGUACCACGUCCAGCAUCUGUCCACAUUUAUGAUGGACAAGACUGAGUCAAUAGCCACAGUUGAUGAUGCGAUAAAGAAACUCAUGCUUCUGGAGUCUAAAGGUAAAAUCUGGACCCAAGAAAUGCUGCUGCAGGUCAGUGACAAAGCCAUCAAGCUCCUAGACUGCGACACGAUGGAAGAGCUGGAGAACUUCCCUCUCUCCACAGUUCAUCACAGUCAGACAGUGCUGAAUAAGACGCGUUACCCAUCUGUCCUGCUGUUAGUCUGCCAGGACAGUGAGCAGCACCGACCAGACAUUCACUUCUUCUAUUGUGAUGAGGUGGAGGCGGAAAUAGUGCACGCUGACAUCGACAGUGCUUUGGGAGACAAUAAAAACGGCAAGAAGAUGAGACCUCAAACACUAAAGAUGAACCAGGAAAAAAUGAAGCGGCAUCGGGAGACAAUCAUCCCACCCUCAGAGACAAAUUUUUCCCCUGGGAUGAAAGGGCGCGUGGACAUGCAAAAUGUACAGAGACGAAGUUCAGUACAGCAGGACACAGAAUCCCAUGAGAAAUUAGCUCAGCGCAUUGAGAAGGAAGUGCAAGUCCUGAACUGUGCUCUGGAUGACAUUGAGAUUUUUGUGGCGCGGCUACAAAAAGCUACAGAAGCCUUCGCCCAGCUCAACCAGCGUAACAAGAGCAGAAAAAAUAAGAAAAGAGGACCAGCAGAGGGGAUGUUAACACUAAGAGCUAAACCUCCAUCUGAGGCAGAGUUCAUUGACAGUCUCCAGAAACUGAAGCUCUCCUUCAAUCUGCUGGCCAAACUGAAGAAGCACAUUCAGAAUCCUAAUGCUGCAGAAUUAGUUCACUUCCUGUUUGGACCUCUUGAGAUGGUCUUGCAUAGCUGUGGUACUCCUGACCUGGCUCGCUCAGUCAUCUCUCCUCACCUGUCUCGUGAAGCUGUGGAUUUUCUGAGAGGACAUCUGACUCCUAAAGAGAUGACCCUUUUUGAACUGCUGGGGGAUGGCUGGACAAGACCCAGAGCUGAAUGGCUGAGGGACCAGUGUGCUCCUCUCUACAUCCCACGUUUCCGUAAUGGCUGGGAGCCUCCACUGGAAUUGUUUCGCACGUCACCGUGGGAAACAGAGUGCUCCGAUGUGUCCUCUCUGUCAUCAGAAGAGUUUUUUGGAUCACAGUCCUCACUGUCAUCAAAUGGUUCCUUCACAGCAACUCCCUCUGCCCGGAAAUAUGUCAGGGUCCUCUACAGCUUUGUGGCUCACAAUGUCAAUGAGCUGUCUGUUCUUCAGGAUGAGAUUUUAGAGGUAAUUGAGAGUGGUAAUCAGUGGUGGAAGUUGAGGAACAGGAGUGGACAAGUGGGGUUAGUGCCUUCCAACGUCCUAGCUGUCAUUACACCAGAAGAUCUUCACAGUGUGGACCCAAUGUACAGCCCGUCAUUUGUAGGUACAACUCCAUCUAGUCCUCUGGGGAGAGGAAACAGUUUUGAAAAGCCAAGAACACCACGGGAAAAAGAUUACCGCAGUCAAAAAAUGGAUGAAGUGAACGAUGAGCUGCUGAAAAAGAUCACCUCCAGUAAGAACCAACUACCAACACGCAACUUCAAAGUGGAGCGCAACGCUGGUCCUGCCAUUCCCCUCACGUUCAAUUCAUCCUCUGCUGAAGUCACUGCCUGGCUCCAAGCCAAGUACUUUUCCAAGCAGACGGUGGACUGUUUGGGAAUUCUGAGUGGUGCUCAGUUGUUUUCCCUGAAUAAGGAAGAACUGAAGGCAGUAUGUGGGUAUGAAGGCUCGCGCGUCUACAGCCAGAUCACUGUGCAAAAAUCCCAGCUAGAGAGGAGCCAAGGAGACUCGGAGCUGCAGGAGAUCAUGAGAAAACAGAAGGAGAAAAUCGCCUCUGCCUCCAAAUGAUUGUGCUCUGUUCAAAAUAUGAAUCAAACAAUCAGCAAUGCAAAAUGCAAUAAUGCUUCUGUAAUAUUAAUGACUCAUAAUAACAAUAAAUGGAGAACAUGGGUGAAUUUCAGAAAUGCUUUUUGACAAAGUGCACCACCCUGCUUUAUCUUUAUUGUAUCACUUGUCAUACCUUCAUAAGCAAUAUGACUACAUGCUAAGCUUGUAUACAUUUAAUUUGUCUAUUUAUUUUGUUUUUAGAGAGGCUUCUGUUUUAAUUACUUCAUAACAUUUUUUCUUAAUGCUUGUUUAUUAUGGGGAAAAUAUUAAGCUUUGCUUCUGUAUAAAAUGUGUGUAUGAGAGCAUUCAAAGACAGAAUUUGUUAAUGCUGGUGUCCAUGAUUGAUUUUCAAGUGUUUUAAAUGAAUGUGCUUCAGUCUGCAUUUCAUGCUCAUUUCACCACAUUUAAAUGCCAUUUUAAAUCUGGAUAUUUGUUUUUCAAAGGCUACUUAUUUGUAACUGUACAGUCAAUAAUCCUGUCUGCAGAUGCAAUGUUCAGAUGCUGAUUUUUGUGAUGAAAGAAUGAUGCAGGGGUAGCCUCACUGCUCCAGGGUCCCAGUUUUGGUCUUGAGCUCUGGUUAAUGUCUGUGCAGCGUUUCAGACGUUCUUUCCGUGUCCAUGUGGGUUUAUUCCAGGUACGACGGUUUGCUCCCACCUCCCGAAAACAUGCCAGUAGGAUGAUUGGCUAUGCUAAAGUGCCCCUAGGUGUGAAUGUGUGUGCUAAUGUGUGUGCAUGGUGUCCUAUCCAGGGUAUAUUCCCUCCUUGUGCCCAGUGUUCUAAGGUUCCACCCUGACCAUGUUAAAGAGGUUACCGCAGAUAAAUGAAUGAAUGUACAAUGAUGCAGGAACAUAAUAAAUUCAGCUGACAAAUUCA